AGAACAAUGUGCAGGGAAGCUCGUGUUCAUGUUCAUGUGCAAAAAGCUGUCAUCAAAUGAAGUUUUUUUUUUUUUUUCCCUUGAAAUAUAAAGACAGGAUCCUUUACUGAAGGGGUUACCAGAGGGAAAAGACAAUAUGACGGAAGAAGACAAACUUGUCUGUAAACUCUCCUGGGUCAGCCGCAGGAGGACGUCAGCAGUCAGCAAGCCCCAGACCAGGAAGAGUAACAGGGGCACCAGAAUCUUCAGCAGUGAUGCUCAUGGCUCAGCUGCUUUACAGAGUUUUGACCAGUUUCGUUCUGAUGAAACCCUUUGUGACGUGGUCCUGGUGUCAGGAGAAGGAUCUGAGUCAUUCCCUGUCCACAGAGUGCUCAUGGCUUCUUCCAGUGACUACUUCAAGGCAAUGUUCACAGGUGGCAUGAAGGAACAGGAGCUAAAAACAAUCAAGCUUCAAGGGCUGAGUCGUGUCGGGCUGAAGAACAUAAUAGACUUUAUUUACACAGCAAAAGUCGCCCUCAAUAUGGACAACCUCCAGGACACAUUAGAAGCAGCAAGCUUUCUGCAGAUCAUGCCUGUGCUAGACUUCUGUAAAGAACUGCUUACAAGUGAGGUUACGACAGACAACUGUGUGGAAGUGGGCCGAAUCGCUAGCAUCUACCACCUUACAGAAGUGAGCAGCUUCAUCAAUGAGUUUGUCCUCAGGAACUUCUCAGUUCUGUUGAAGGAAGGGCAAUACCUGCAGUUGUCCGAGGAUAGCAUGGCCCAUGCUCUGGCCAGUGACAACCUGAAGAAUUGCACUGAGAUGGAGCUCUUCAAACACACCUGUGAUUGGCUAAAGCAUGACGAAUCCCGCAAAGCACACACCUACAAGCUCAUGAAGAACAUCCGUUUCCCGCUCAUGACGCCCAGUGAGCUGCUGCAAAUAUCCGAUGAAGCAGACUUCCUGCGGGCGGACGCAGCCUGUGUCAACCUGCUCCUGGAGGCAAGCAACUACCAGAUGAUGCCCUACAUGCAGCCCAUCAUGCAGACAGAGAGAACGCGCAUUCGCUCUGAUGCCAACCACCUGGUCACCUUAGGGGGAGUACUACGCCAACAGCUAGUGGUCAGCAAAGAGCUACGGUUGUUUGAUGAAGAAACCAAGAAUUGGAAGGCCCUGAAGCCAAUGGAUGUGCCAAGGUACCAGCAUGGCAUCGCUGUGAUUGGCAACUUCCUCUACAUUGUGGGUGGGCAGAGCAACUAUGACACCAAGGGGAAGACAGCAGUGGACAGUGUCUAUAGAUAUGACCCUCGCUUUAACAGGUGGUUGCAGGUGGCCUCCCUUAAUGAGAAGAGGACCUUUUUCCACUUGAGUGCCUUGAAAGGAAAACUGUAUGCAGUGGGUGGAAGGAACACAACAGGCGAGAUAGCUAGCGUAGAAUGCUACAACCUUCGCAAUAAUGAGUGGACAUGUGUGGCUCCAAUAAGCGAACCCCAUUAUGGACAUGCUGGAACAGUUCACGGAGAGUUAAUGUACAUCUCAGGAGGCAUAACACAUGACACGUUCCAGAAAGAACUGACCUGUUAUGAUCCUGACACCAACACUUGGAGCCGCAAAGCAGACAUGUCCACCCUUCGAGGACUUCACUGCAUGUGCACCAUUGAGGACCGCCUUUAUGUCAUUGGAGGAAACCACUUCCGGGGCACCAACGACUACGAUGAUGUGCUCAGCUGUGAAUAUUACUGUCCAGGAACAGACCAGUGGACAGCCAUUGCACCCAUGCUGAGCGGGCAGAGCGAUGUGGGGGUGGCAGUGUUCAAGAGCAAGAUCUAUGUGAUUGGGGGUUACUCGUGGAACAGCCGAUGUAUGGUGGAGAUAGUCCAGUGCUAUGACCCCGAGAAGGAUGAGUGGGAAAAAGUGUUUGAUGUCCUGGAACCUCUUGGGGGUAUUCGGGCUUGCUCCUUAAUUGUACAUCCACCAGAGGACACCGUGGAUUCACAAACACAAGAGUGCCCCCUGUCCACCAAGAGCUGAGACAGUAUAGACUCUGGGGUGGAGUUGGGGGGUGGAGGGUUGGAGAAGAUUCGGUUUGGACAGCUUUCAAAACAGUCACUCUUUGGGUACUGGGGGAACAAAGACAUUUUUGUGAUUGACUUUGUUAGCUGUGUGGAUAUCCAGGCUUAAUUUAAUAUCAGCUGACUUAAUUGUAACUUUACUGUAACAUUGUGGGAUUUGUUGUGGUAACACUGCUCAUUCUUCUUUAAAAUAAAGGUUUUUGUAUUACA